AAGGAUUUGAUCUAGCCCCUACGGAAGCAGCCUAUAUUCUCUGUGAUAAUGGCGACCUCCAACAUUGAUCGGCCGCGCAUACGCGCGAAGAAGGCAUGCUUGGCCUGCAAUGCGCGUCGCGUGCGAUGCAAUGUUCUAGAGAUGCAGCCAUGCCGGAAUUGCGUGGCAUGGAAUCUCUCUUGCGAGCUAGGAGUGUCACGACGAGGAAAAUACCCACGCCGAAAGAAAAAGGCCUCCGAGACUGAGACCCUUGAGGCGCAGCGCAUACCAACCACUACAUCGGAAAGUCGGCUAUUGCACCAAGAACCUCUGCAAGACCGAGGGGCUCACUAUGUCCCAUCAACCCACCCUGCAAGAGCCACGGUCGGGGAUGCUAUUCGCAAAACUGUCUUUCUGGGAGAAUCGAGUCCUCUAACCUGUGUGGUUGAUGAGGGCCAACGAUCACCAGACAAAGGAUAUGCUUGUGGUAUCCAAAAAGGGCGUCUGCAUUAUUCCAUCUCCGAACUCCAUGCAGAGACAAGCGAAGAGAUUCUUGGACAGCGCCGUAAAUCUCUUCAAGAACGUCUGAUUCGCGAGAGCGCGUUAAUCUUCCCGUCACCCGCCAUCUGUGAGGUCCUUCUCCAGGCUUACUUUGAAUGGUUUCAUCCUUUGUUUCCUAUUCUGGAUCGCUCCCGAGUUCAGAAUGAUUAUCAGGAUGAAACAAUAUCGCCGUUGCUUCUGCAGGCCAUGCUUUUCAUCGGCGUCAGUCUAUGCUCCGACUCUGCUCUCAACACCACUGGAUUCAGCGACCGGUAUAAGGCUAAGGGCUUGUUUUACCAACGUGCAAAGGAAAUCUACGACGUUGGAUGGGAAACCGACACAAUGACCAAAUUGCAAUCAAUAUUCUUGUUGAGUUUUUGGCGUGGAGGACCUACCGAGGAGCGAGACGUGCGAUACUGGCUCGGCACAGCCACUGAUCUGGCGCAGAAGAAGGGAAUGCAUGUGAUGUCAAAAUUAACGUUCUUGGCUGCUCGCGACCAGAAGGUUUGGAAGAGGAUCUGGUGGGCUUUAUAUGUUCGUGAUCAACAAACUUCGGCAGCACUAGGAUUGCCGUCUCGAAUCCGCGACGAGGAUUGUGAGGUGGCCGAACUUGAGGAGUCAGACUUUGAGGAAGAUGAUUCUAUGAACCCCAGUGAAAUCUUUCGAAAACCGCCUACAGCGCACAUGAAUUAUGUGAUUCAAAUGGCCCGAUUGGCUAAAUUGUUACGCGAGGUUGUAUCCAGCCAAUACCUACCGGGAAAAUCAAAGCUGGAUAAUCCAUUGCGUCCCAUUCUUCACCAGCGUCUCCUUGACUGGGAGUCAAAUCUGCCACCAGAGAUGCAAUUUCAACCCUCAAUGGCACGAGAAGUGAUGUUUCUGGUCGGGAUGCUCCACAUGACCUAUGCCAAUCUGUAUAUCUUGCUGUACCGACCAAUAUUCCUGCAACCACCGAGUCAAUCAACAAGCCCAGAAGGGAACAUAGCCCUAGAGGCCGCAACUAAAAGUACUCGAAUCUUGGAAGAUAUGCUGUCACAAUAUCUAGUACAACACGGAUCUGUCCACUUGAUUACUCACACAUUUUCUGCUUUAUGUAUUCACACUAUUCAUUUCGGACGUGUCGCCAGUACCGCCAAAAAGCUUGCCGAGCAUCGUGCGAAGCUCUGUCUACUCGGAUUGAAGGAGCUUCAAAAGUCAUGGGACUUGGAGAACUGGGUGCUCGACCUCUUUUUCCACUGUUUAGAUGAUCGCACGGCUCAAAAUCUCCGACUCAUUGAUAAUGGAAUGUCAGCAUCUGCCCUUAGCGAGCUUACAAAGGGACCACAGAUUCCCGAUUCGUCCCUGCAUACCCCUUGCAGUACCACAAGUCGACCCCUUUCUCCGACGGCAGCCGACAGCAUGUUGCCUGUUGUGCAAAACAUGAACCAAAUCGAAGAUGCGUCAGUCAAUAUAGACUGGUACGAGAUAUUUAAUGUGGAAGGUGAUGAUAUUUCGGGACUAGCAGGCUCAUUAACGAACCCUGACUAUCUUAACCCGCAGAAUCUGGAAUUCUUAUAUCGAUUUUUAUAGCUCCAGAAUUGAA